AUGGCAGGACAUGGAUCGAAGCGAUGCAAAGAGAGAGCGACAAGGGCAAGUGAGUUUGGUUGCCGGAAGCUGCAGACAUCUAGGUGGCAUCUCACCCGGAGGCUUACAGCGCUUUCAAGGCAGAGGUGCUGGCAGAAAGCGUUAGCAGAGCUGCAGGCUUUUGGAUUCACGAACGUUUUCCACAUCAAUGCUGCAAUGCUUGGGUUAAAAAGUGCAGAGUGGCCGAAAGCUUUGCAACUUCUACUGCUUUUGCAAGUGGCUGGCCGCCAACCAGAUGCAGUAAGUUUGAGCAGCGUUCUUGCAACCCAAACUUGGGAUCUUGCAGCUCGUACGUUUCAGAAACUACAAAGCAACCUGGUGAAAACAGAUGAGCGAUGCUUCAACUCAGCGUUGCUGGCCCUUCGAGCAAGUCCGGUGUGGCUCCGAAGCGUUCACUUUCUGGAGGAGAUGAUGCAGAGCCAAGUUGUACGUUCAGCUGUUGCAGAAAGCACUGUGAUAAGCGGACUUCCUUGGAGAUUAUGUUUUGCUUGGCUUUUAUCAGGCCAAGUGAUUGCUGACCGUAUCACCUGGAAUGCGGCGAUCAGCCUGAGUGCAAAGUGCCUUGCUUGGCAAGCAGCCCUGCAGCUUUUUCAAGCAAUGCAUUGCUUUUCGCUGCAGCAGGAGUCGGCCAGUUUUUUGUCCUUAGUGGCCCCUAAGACGCCGGCCUGGGCAGCAGCUUUGGCCACCACAGAUGCUUUGCUAAUUGCCGAAGACUCGCGCCACAAGGGGCGCCAGCUUCUUGCAGGAGCAAUAUCUGCAAAAUUGCAGUGGCAUGCAGCAAUAGAAUUUCUGCGGAGAUAUUCCAGGGUCUCUGUCAAAAUGGACCACAUCUCUUGGAGUUUCACUCUGUGCAAUGCCUGGUGCCAAGCUCUGAGCGCUCUGAAAACCAUGAAGUUGGUCAAUCUACCCAUUGACCAGGUAACUCGACGCAGUGUCGUGAUUUCUUUGGAACGUGCCCUUUGCUGGCCUCAUGCAUUGAUGCUCCAGCACGGUGAUGUGACGUUGAAAGCCGGCCCAUGGCAGCAGGCAGCAUUACUUCUCGAGAGCAUUGUUCGACGACGUGUUUCAGCCCAGGGAUUGCAGGCUCCAUGGAGACAUGGCCUACAGCUGCUGUCACGGAUGUCUCGCCGAGCUUUGCAACCGAGGCUGGAUGCUGCACCGGGGCCAUGGCCAACUAUGCUUUGGCAAGUGAAGUCAGCCUCAGGUUUUGCAGAUACAGCUGGGAUCAAUGCAUCGAUCACAGCAGCUGGCCGAGCAGUUUGCUGGGAAGUUGCGUUGGGUUUGCUCCUGCACAUGGAGGGGGCAACAAUGGCUCGAGUUCAUCCAGAUCACAUCAGUUAUAGUGCGGCCCUUGCCGCCCUCAAACAGGAGAACUUAUGGAAAACUUCACUGGGAUUCUUGACACGAGCUUCAACCAGAGCAGCCAGAGUCAAUCCAGGCCGCAGCAGCAGCUUUGGCUCUGAAAUGAUGGUUCUUGGAGCAUUGGCUCCAGGCGGUCACUGGCGACGGAUUUGUGACCUCGCCAGGACUUUUGGCCUCUCUGAAAGCGCUUUCCUCAGUGCUUUCCUCAGUGCUUGCAAUGAUUGGCGUUUGGCUUUGGUGGUGCUUCCUCAUCAUCCAGAUGCUACUGAAGUGGCCGCAGCCCAGAGCUCUUGCGGCACUUGCCGCCAAUGGCGGCGAGUCUUGAGACUUCUGGGUUCCUUGCAACUCUCCCGGCAGUUUGCAGAUGUUUUGGUGAAUGCGUUGGCCUGCGAUGCAGCCUCUAGGCAGAGCCCUGCAACUGUAGCAUCGCUUCUUUGGCAAGCUGAUUUGACUGCCGCACGGUGCCUGAAAAUGUGCGCCUUGCUGAGCCGGGUGACGCUGUGCAGCUCAGCUCUCGUUUGUUUGCGUGUUUCUGAAAGCGUUUGA